AUGGCUUCAGACUUCGAUUUGAAUGAUGACAUGGAUGAAGAUGCUGCUGCUAAUGAUGCUGAAAUGCAAGAAAUGUUUGAGUAUGAUCUCAACUUUGCCUACGAUGAUGAAAUUGACUCAAAAAAUACCCAUGACAACAUUGGGUUGGGCUUAAACCAAACCCCUUCCCCUGGUAACAACAGCAACCAGAUGGAGACAGCAGGUAACAACAACAAUCAGCAAGCAUCAGUAGAUCAACAAGACACAACAAGCAACAACAACAAUAACAAGCACCGAUCAACCCAGAAAAUGCUGAAGUUCACCAUCAACCAACAAGGAGGAGGCUUAGUAGUGGGGCCAAGCUUCCACAAUUGUGGAAGAAAGAGAAUAUCUAUCCCAAAUGAUGCCAUAAGGGCAGUGGCAAUGGGGAACAGAUCAUGCCAAAGGGACUUAGCAGCAAUGCUUAAUGUUGGUAAAAGCACAAUCCAUAGACUAAUUAAGAGAGGGGAAGUCAGACCUCACACGAAUGCAUUAAAGCCAAAGCUUACACCAGCAAACAGACUAGAUAUGAUCAGAUUCAUUCUUAACAGCAUUAUAGGUGAUUCACCAGGCUCAAAAAGAGUGUACCAGCCAAUGUACAAAACAGUGCACAUUGAUAAAAAGUGGUUUACACUGAGUAAAAAAACACAUAGGUUAUACUUAGAAAAAGGAGAAAGAGGUCUACAUAGAGUAAUGCAAUUAGCCAAGUUUAUUCCCAAAUUCAUGUUCCAAGGAGCAGUUGCAAAACCUUGUUACAAUGCACAAAAGGAAGUUAUUUUAGAUGGGAAAAUAGGCAUUUUUCCUUUUGCAAAAAAGGAGCUAGCACUUAGGUGCUCAAAAUACAAGAAAAAAGGAGAAAUGGUCACAAAGGUUAUUGAUCCAAUCAACAAGGAUGUAUCAAGGUGGAUGUUGAUUGAAAAGCAAGAUAAUGCAAAGGCUCAUAUUACUCAAGAUGAUGCAGUUUGGCAAGAACAUUGUGAACAGCCAAGGUUUACUUUUAUAUUAACUCAUCAGCCACCAAACAAUCCAGACGUGAAUGUUUUGGACUUGGGAUUUUUCAGAAGCAUCCAAUCACUUCAACACAAGAAAAUGGCUAAGACACCAGACCAGUUGAUAAAGGCUGUUGAAGAUGCAUUCAAUGAGCUACCUUCUACAAGGUUGUUCAAGGUUUGGGUAACUUUGUGCCACACAAUGAAUCAAAUUCUGAAAAGUAAAGGUUCUAAUAGGUUUGAACCUCCACAUGUUAACAAAGAUAAGCUGGAAAGAGAGGGAAGACUGCAAGAUCCUAUAUAA